AUGAGCGCGUACAUGAGCCGACUGUUCCCCAAAUCCAACUCGAGCUUCUUCCUGCGCAGCGGGAGCGCAUUGGAGGCUAAAGUCGUGCGCCUCAGGGAGGAAAUGUACCUCCUGGACGCCGGCAUCGGCCGGCCGAGGAUCGCCACGCAAAACGAGCUCAUCCGCCCGCCCAAAUCCCACGGCCCGGCCACCUUCUCGAGCAUGGUCGGAUAUCUCAACCCGUCCAACGCGGAAAUGCCGGUGAAGAACGUCAUCCUGCAGCGCUGCUUCGUCGACCUGGUUACCGGCGACCCGCGAACCAAGCAGCUGGCAGCUGCCCGGUUCGACGACAUCGUGGGUCAGAACGACGCCGUGGGAGGAGGCGACGAGCAGCCGCUCCUCCUUCCGCGGAGGUUCAGGAAGCACCGGGCGUGGAUGGAGCUGAAGCGGCUGUGGAAGGCCAACGCGAAGGUCAAGGGUUUCGUGGCGGAGAAAGUGAGGGGAGGGUACACGGUGGGGAUCGCGGGCUACCUUGCUUUUCUCCCCGGUUGGCAAGUUCAGCACAGGAAGUUGCUAAAAGAUAGGUUCAUCGUCGAGAGCAUUACUCCCAAGAGUAUUGUGGUUGCAAAAGGCGGAUGA